CUCGCGGCCCGGGAGCGCCGGCGCGGGCGAGCGGCGGAGGCCGGCCGGGCGGCGGCCAUGGACCGCUUCGUGUGGACCAGCGGCCUCCUGGAGAUCAACGAGACCCUAGUGAUCCAGCAGCGCGGCGUGCGCAUCUACGACGGCGAGGAGAAGAUAAAAUUUGAUGCUGGGACUCUUCUGCUUAGUACACACCGACUGAUUUGGAGAGAUCAGAAAAAUCAUGAAUGCUGUAUGGCCAUUCCUUUGUCCCAAAUUGUGUUUAUUGAAGAACAGGCAGCUGGAAUUGGGAAGAGUGCCAAAAUUGUGGUUCAUCUGCAUCCAGCUCCUCCUAACAAAGAACCUGGCCCUUUCCAGAGUAGUAGGAAUUCCUACAUUAAACUCUCCUUCAAAGAACAUGGCCAGAUUGAGUUUUACAGACGUUUAUCAGAGGAAAUGACCCAGAGAAGAUGGGAAAAUAUGCCAGUUCCCCAGUCAUUACAAACCAACAGAGGACCCCAGCCAGGAAGAGUAAGAGCUGUGGGAAUUGUAGGCAUUGAGAGGAAACUGGAAGAAAAAAGAAAAGAAACAGACAAAAAUAUUUCUGAGGCCUUUGAAGACCUUAGCAAGCUAAUGAUCAAGGCUAAAGAAAUGGUGGAGUUAUCAAAAUCAAUUGCUAAUAAAAUUAAAGAGAAGCAAGGUGAUGUCACAGAAGAUGAGACCAUCAGGUUUAAGUCCUACUUGCUGAGCAUGGGGAUAGCCAACCCAGUCACCAGAGAAACCUACGGCUCAGGCACACAGUACCACAUGCAGCUGGCCAAACAGUUGGCUGGAAUAUUGCAGUCACCUCUAGAGGAACGAGGGGGAAUAAUGUCACUCACAGAGGUGUACUGUCUAGUAAACCGAGCGCGAGGAAUGGAAUUGCUCUCUCCAGAAGACUUGGUGAAUGCCUGUAAGAUGCUAGAAGCAUUGAAAUUACCUCUCAGGCUCCGAGUUUUUGAUAGUGGUGUGAUGGUAAUUGAGCUUCAGUCCCACAAGGAAGAGGAAAUGGUGGCCUCAGCCCUGGAGACAGUUUCAGAAAAGGGAUCCCUAACAUCAGAGGAGUUUGCUAAGCUCGUGGGCAUGUCUGUCCUCCUGGCCAAAGAAAGGUUGCUUCUUGCUGAGAAGAUGGGCCAUCUUUGCCGAGAUGAUUCAGUUGAAGGCUUGCGCUUUUAUCCAAAUUUAUUCAUGACACAGAGCUAAGGAUUUUGUACUUGAAAUACUUCUUGGCCCUACAUCUGUUUCAUAUAGAGGUGUUGUGACAUUAAGCAAAGAGAUAAACCCUGAUCAAACUGAGAAUUUGUUAGAAUUCUACAGUAUCAUGUAAAACUCUUUUCAUCUCUCUAAAUAUUAUGGAAACUAUUAUAGGAAACUACAGAAAAGUGAAUGUCAGUAUGGAUUUAAAAUCAUGCUAUGAUUAUUCAGAACCUUCUGAGUUUAAGUUGAAACACAGGGGGUUUAAAAUUGAUCCCCAAAGGGGAAACCACUUUAUAAAGAAGGGAAUUUAAGUCCUUGGGGAAAGAAAAAGAGAGGUUGCAUGUUUGGGCAGAUUAGAUUGUUUAUUUCCAUGUGAUUAAGAUUCACUGAAUGGUAAACAUUUCCCUCUGUGUGUGAUGUGCCCAUGGGGGGUAGGUGUCAUGGAGGAAGUCAUAGCAAUAGUGUCAUUGAAGGACCUGACAACACUGGAACCAAAUACCAAACUGCAGAAUGCCACCGAGGCUCUUCCGAAGGGCUUUCAAAGCAGCCGUAACACACCAAAUAAAACACCUUUGAAAACAGAGAGGUCCAGAGGUGUGGCUCUAAUACUUGCCUAGCAUGCAGGAGGCUUGGGUUUUGUUCCCAGCAUUUGAGGGGUAGGGGAAGAAAAAGAGAAAAUCUUAUCUGACAUAUCUAUAUACUGCAACUAAUUUCCCUUUAUUUUUUUAAGUGAUGAUUUUUCAUGGCUGGCACUUAAAGAAUGCAACUGUGUCACUUUGCUUGGAAAAUGCUGUGAAUUUAGAAAGCGAAUUAAAGAGCUGUACGGACUUGCCCAGAGUUAUGAUUACAGAUCUGAGAGGGAGAUGGCAUAGGAAUCUCCUAAGCUUAUUGUGCCAGUGAAGGGCAGAGGAAACCUUGAACCUCACAGGAACUUCAGUGCUCUUUGACCUGGAAGUCUAGAAUGGGAAGUAGAAAGUUAGGAGCUAACAUGUCUCCUCUUCCCUUCCGUAAGGGAUCUCAGCACUGAACUUUAAAAAAUAUUUCUGUGGUAUUCAGCAAUAUGUUUUUCUUUUUUAUCCUACACAUUAUAAUUUGUAUGGAGGAACUAUCUCGUAAAAAAGUAUUUCUGAUUACAAAAACUGGUGACUAUUGCCUAUAGAUCACUUGAAUUUUAAAGUAGACAGCUGGUCUCCAUUUGUUACUAUGCUACAAUGUACAGCAUAUUGGUAUUACCUCAAACUCAGGGACCCCACAGGACAAAAGGAGAUUCCCCCCCUUCCUGAGAUUGAAGUAGAAGGGUACUCAUGGAUUAGGCCACACCUCUGGAAGAGCUAGCAUUUGUACUGGAAGAACCACUGGGGGAGACAGGCUUAGUUCCACACUCUGGGAUUUCUAGUACAUUUAUAAUGGGUGAUGCGGAAGCCACUACCAAAGGCCGCAGAUGCCCUCUGGGGAAGCCAGGAUCCUCAGCCACUGACCCAGGGACCUCACCUCUUGAUUCCUCCCUGGGAAGUGGCUGUCACUGCUUUGUAUCCUAUAGUUUCAUGGGAAUGCUGUGAUCAAGGCAGCUUGCUUUAGUCUUCAUUUUCAAAACUGUCACUGGCUUUUCAUUGUGGUGACACAUCCCCUAAUUACCUCAUUGCUCAGCCUCAGGUUUAUUUAGGGGGGUAAUUCAGUGUCUGAUCACCCAAGUCUUUUAAGGGUUAGUUUGACUGUUGCGUAAGUUUAUUUGUGUGUCUUGCCUUUCUCUGGGCUGCUUUCUCUGUCCUGUCUCAUGGUUCUGGCAGACUCAGUACAAACACAGGUAAACACAUUCAUGUACACUUGACAUACGAUGUCUCACCUGGCCAAGGUUCUUAAAAAUCAAUAAAGAUAGUUGUAUAAAAGAUUGCAAUAGUUGCAAGAAAGGUUAUUGGAGAUGCUAGAUCUAGUUCUCUAAUGGUUUGGACUCAUUUC